AAAAUUGAAUGCCCGUCUGGUUUCGAUAGUCCUGCGGUCGCUGCUCAACACUGUUGGACACCUCGUGUUUUUGUUCUUUUCUCCGCAUCGCCAUCGCCAGGCCAGAGUGCGCGCUAGAUUUUCGUUUAUUUAAUCGUUAAACCAGCAACCAACACACUCCAAAAUGUCAGAAACCGAGGCCUUGAAUGUGGAGACGGCCACGCCCCAGAUUGGCGAGGAAGUCAAGAAGCAGAAGAAGCCGAAGCCCAACAAUAAGAAACUGCGCCAAGAGGCGGCGGCAAAGAAGGCUUCCGGCGAAGGCGGCGACGAAGAGCCGACCACGAACGGAGAUGCCAAACCUGCAACACCGGCCGCACAGCCGGCUAAAAAGAAGGGCGGCAAGGGCAAGAAGAGCGGACAGACAGAUCCGCCCACUAUCCCUAUUGCCAAACUGUAUCCCGAUGGCAACUUCCCCGAGGGUGAGAUUGUGGAGCACCCGACACCCAAGGAUCUUGCGGAUGACCGCACGGCCAAGGAUCGCUUUACGUCGGAGGAGAAACGCGCUCUGGACCGUAUGAACACGGACAUCUACCAGGAGCUGCGACAGGCGGCCGAGGCUCAUCGCCAGACGCGCCAGUACAUGCAGCGCUACAUCAAGCCGGGCAUGACCAUGAUCCAGAUCUGCGAGGAGCUGGAGAACACCGCUCGCCGCCUGAUCGGUGAAAAUGGCCUGGAGGCUGGUCUGGCCUUCCCGACCGGCUGCUCUCUUAACCAUUGUGCCGCCCAUUACACGCCCAAUGCCGGUGACACCACCGUGCUGCAGUACGACGAUGUGUGCAAGAUUGAUUUUGGCACCCACAUCAAAGGCCGGAUCAUUGACUGCGCCUUCACGCUGACCUUCAACAACAAGUACGACAAGUUGUUGCAGGCCGUCAAGGAGGCCACCAAUACCGGCAUCAAAGAGGCUGGUAUCGAUGUGCGUCUAUGCGACAUUGGUGCCGCCAUCCAGGAGGUCAUGGAAUCGUACGAAAUCGAGCUGGACGGAAAGACAUAUCCCAUCAAGGCCAUUCGCAACUUAAACGGACACUCCAUCAGCCCGUACCGCAUUCAUGCUGGAAAAACGGUGCCCAUUGUCAAGGGCGGAGAGUCCACUCGAAUGGAGGAGGACGAGUUCUACGCCAUCGAGACCUUCGGCUCGACGGGUCGUGGUUUGGUUCAUGACGACAUGGACUGCUCUCACUACAUGAAGAACUUUGAGCUGCCGUUCGUGCCACUGCGCCUGCAGUCUUCCAAACAGCUGCUGGGCACCAUUAACAAGAACUUCGGCACCCUGGCCUUCUGCAAGCGUUGGCUGGACCGCGCCGGUGCCACCAAAUACCAGAUGGCUCUUAAGGAUCUGUGCGACAAGGGGAUCGUGGAGGCCUACCCGCCACUGUGCGACAUCAAGGGCUGCUAUACGGCUCAGUACGAACACACCAUUAUGCUGCGACCCACCUGCAAAGAGGUGGUUUCCCGAGGCGACGACUACUAGACGAGGACGUGGAACCAGAUCGAGGUAGUGAUUGCUAUUCGGCGUUGUAUUGCUUGCAUUAUAUACGGUUUUUGAUAUAAGUUCACCCUAUUGUUGAUUUUUUGUGAGCGUACGCGGACCGAAUUAUAUAUAAAGUGUAUUAUGCUCAGAAUAUAAGAAAAGUGAGAUUA